AUGCCAUUCAAGUAAGAGGAAGAGGCAAUUAGUGAAGUUCAAACUACUCAUCAGCUAUGAAAUUAUUCAUCAUCUUCUCCAUUAUUACCUGUUUCUGUCAGCUCCUCUCUUUCUCCAAUGGAAGGUCAGUUCCCAACAACGUUGGGGCAUCUGCUCCUGAGCAGGUUAAAGCAGUUAAUCUCGGAGGCUGGCUUGUUACUGAAGGUUGGAUCAAACCAUCCCUUUUCGACGGCAUCAUCAACAAAGACUUGUUGGAUGGAACUGGCGUGCAGUUUCAAUCAGUCAAGGUAGGAAAGUAUUUGAGCGCUGAAGGGGGAGGAGGAACCAUCACAGUUGUACCAACUGCCUCUAGCUCGGAAAGCUUCAGACUGUGGAGGAUCAACGAGACGACCUUCAACUUUAGGGCAUCCACCGGACGAUUUGUGGGACUGAACACAACUGGAAAUGGGAAAGAUAUAGUAGUGGAAGCCGAGGAACCUGGUGCAGCAGAGACAUUCCAGAUCCUGAGAAAUCCUAAUGAUUUGAACCGUGUACGAGUCAGAGCCCCCAAUGGGUUGUUCCUCCAGGUGAAGGAGAAGGACGAGAGUGUGAGUGCAGAUUAUGAAGGAGACGGAGGAUGGAAAGACGAUGAUUCUUCUGUUUUUUCAAUCAAAUUCGGAAGAAUACUGCAAGGUGAAUAUCAAGUCACAAAUGGCUAUGGUCCUCUCAUUGCUCCCCAAGUAAUGAAGGAACACUGGAGCACAUAUAUAGUAGAAGAUGACUUCAAAUUCAUAAAGGAGAAUGGGCUGAAUGCUGUGAGAAUUCCAGUAGGGUGGUGGAUAGCCAGUGACCCUUCUCCCCCCAAACCCUAUGUUCCUGGAUCCUUGCAGGCUCUUGACAAUGCUUUCUCCUGGGCCGAAAAAUACGAUAUUAAAGUCAUUAUCGACCUACAUGCCGCACCCGGUUCACAAAACGGUGCUGAGCACAGUUCCUCCAGAGAUGGUUCGCAAGAAUGGGGACUGACUGACAACAACAUCCAGCAAACUGUUGGUGUGAUAGAAUUUUUAGCUGCUAGAUAUGCCAAUAGCUCAAGUUUAUAUGCGAUGGAACUGAUAAAUGAGCCAAUGUCACCGGGAGUGUCUCUAGACAACCUAACCAAGUACUACCAAGCUGGUUAUGAUGCUGUCCGAAAGCACUCGCAGACGGCAUACGUCGUGAUGUCAAAUCGAUUAGGGUCCAGUUUUGAACCGACUGAACUUUUUAGCUUUGCGAAUCGGCUAGAGGGAUCAGUCAUUGAUGUACAUUACUAUCCCUACUACAACACUUCGUUGAACAACGUCACCGUUGAACGGUACAUUGAGUAUAUCAACAACGACGAAGCCGAAAAAGUAAGGCAGCUUACAACAUCGAAUGGUCCUCCUAUCUUUGUCGGGGAAUGGGUGGCGGAGUGGCAACUUACAAAUACGAGCAAGGAGGAUUACCAGCGGUAUGCCGCGGCGCAGCUGGAAGUGUUCGGCCGCGCGCAAUUCGGGUGGGCGUAUUGGACUCUGAAGAAUGUGAACAUCCACUGGAGCCUGGAAUGGAUGAUCAAUAAUGGAUAUAUCAAGCUUUGAUAUUAUUAACCUGGGUAAUUAAAGUAAAUAAUCUGACAAGUUAUUGGAACUGAAAUAAGAAUAUGAUAGCUUGAAAAUGUGGACUAUGUAGUGUUUCUCAUCAAAUUGCAGUGUAUUGAAAAAUAAAAGUUGGUGAAGAUAAUUUAAAUGAA